GCAUCAUAUUCAUGCUGAUUAUGUGAUUUUUCGAAUUUAUAACUUGGAAGGCAUUUGUCAGAGUCUUGAGUUAUCAAAAGAAGGUGUGAAAAUGGACUUAAUCCAAAGAUUAAAAGUAUAUUCAAAUAAAAUAACUUUAAGAGAGGGAAAUUCAGAAUUGCCAGAUAUCAGAGAAAAUGAUGGGUUCGUUGAAGAGGAUGAUUCAGAUAUGGACCUAGUAAAUCAAGAUAAUAUGAACUCAGAUGUAGAAGAAAAUAAUGAGAUUCAAACCUUGAAAGAACAUGUACAAAAAUCCAGAAGGAAGGAUUUAGUAGAACCUUCAAAAAGUAUUCCACAAGUCUCAACGGAUUCCACUCAAAUGCAAGAGAUGGGGGACCAACCGUAUAAUCGAAUCACAAAAGCAAAUAAGUGA